CCCCUAGCAUUCUGAGUCGAGCCGCUGCCCCCUCAAGCUACCGCUCCCUUCUGCACUGUCGCUCUCUCCAAGCUAGCAGCUGUAUGCCGUCGUAGCAGGCGGUCUUGUUGCGUGGACAGGUCCUCAUCCAGCCAGCAGAAUGUGCUGAGCGUGCGCCAAACGCCGUAGAGGAGUGCUGCAAGUAUGAGGCCGAUCUCGAGCCUUGUGUGAGCCUUCGCGACCAGUGUAUGAGCAUUGUGAGCACCUGUUCGUUGCGAUACUGGCAACGAGAUGUAGUCGGAAUAGACUUUGCCGCAGGCUUGGCGAUUGUGAGCGUGAAGGGUCCGCUUUCUUCGCCGGCUUCAGUGCAGCAUUUUUCCUUUCCUCCAGAACCACCAUGCCUUCCACCAUCCCUCAACACUCCCCAGACUCCUUCCUCACCCUCUGAACACUCUCCACAAGCUCAGCAGUCAUGCGAAGAAGCUGCUCCGCCGUCGGAAGUGACGGUGGUGAGUCAGGCCCUGGUGAGCCGCGAGACUUCCUCCGCAGGCCCAGCACUCCCUUCCAUCCGCCCAUCACUUGAUGCAGCCUCGACAGCACCAUGUGCAGCAUCGAAACGCAUUUCAAAAGCCCAGAGAGUGUCUCUGGUGAGCUGAUAUGAUGGUGGAAAGCCGCGGUGACUCCGUGACCCCACGAAGCCCGCGGCGGAGCGGAGAGCAAACCGCGACAUAGCCGACCCUGCAGCGACGGCGGUGAGCCUCAAAGGCCCGCAGAA